ACAUGAAAUAAUAGCCACGGGAUAGAAACAUACAGAAGCCAUGACUGAGCGAGCUAGUUCUGUGAUUACCAUGGAUACCUUAUUUAAACCUGACAAAGAUGGACAAACACCACAGAUUGUUGUACUGGUGGGAGCAGCAGGGAUUGGAAAAACAAUUACUUCAAAAAAGAUCAUGUUGGACUGGGCAGCUGGGGAACUUUAUAAGGAAACAUUUGAUUAUGUCUUCUACAUAAAUUGUAGGGAGAUGAACCUUCUUACUAAGGAAGUAAGUGUGGCUGACAUGAUUUUAAAACAGUGUCCUAAUAAUAAGACAUCAAUUAAUCACAUUCUGGGACAACCAGAUAAACUCCUGUUCAUAAUUGAUGGAUUUGAUGAACUGAGAUUUUCCUUUGAUCAGUCAAAAGAUAACCUGUGCUCUGAGUCCUGGGAGAAAAAGCCAGUGGAAAUUAUACUGAGCAGUUUAUUUAGGAAAACAGUUCUUCCUGAAUCCUACUUGCUGAUCACUACAAGACCAGCUGCUUUGGAGAAACUGGGGAAGUGUUUAGAGUGUGAACGUCACGCAGAGAUCCUGGGGUUUUCUGAAGCUGACAGGAAAGAGUAUUUCCAUAAGUUCUUUAGAAAUGAGAAACAAGCAAGACAAGCUUUUAGAUUUGUGAGAGAAAAUGAAAUUCUCUUCACCAUGUGCUUUGUCCCCAUCGUGUGUUGGAUCAUCUGCACGGUUCUGAAACAACAGCUUGAAAAAGGCGAGGAUCUUGCACAAGCUUCCAAAACAACCACCGGAAUGUAUGUGCUCUAUCUUUCCAGUUUAGUUAACCCUCCUGGCAGCAAUUCAAAGCCAUGCAAGAAAGCGAGCUUGAGAGGACUUUGCUCUUUGGCUGCUGAUGGAAUCUGGAAGCGAAAAAUACUGUUUGAGGAAGAAGAAAUCAAGAUGUUGGGCUUAGAUCAGGAAGAUGCUCUCCCUCUCUUUUUGAACGAAAACAUUUUUCAAAAGGAUAUUGACACUGAAUGUCUCUACAGCUUCAUUCACUUAAGCUUUCAGGAGUUUUUUGCAGCCUUGUUUUAUGUGCUGGAGGAAGAUGAAACAAUGGAAGAUUCAGGGACUCCCAAGAAAGAUGUGAAAACAUUAUUAGAAAACUAUGGAAACUCUAGAAAUUACUUAAUGUUAACAGUGCGAUUCCUGUAUGGUCUCUUAAAUGAAAAAAGUAUAAAGGACAUGGAGGAAAAAAUUGGGUGUAAAAUUUCACCUAAAAUUAAGUCAGAUUUAAUGAAGUGGAUUCAAACACAAAAACAAACAGUGCUAUCUGUGCCCUCUGUGUAUGAUAAAAUCAUUUGUCAGCUUGAGGAGUUUCGCUGUUUGUAUGAGAUCCAAGAUGGAAAUUUUAUGAAAAAUGCAUUGGAGCCUUUCACCAAAAUAGUGAUAAGUCGAAAUAAACUUACUCCAAUGGAUCAAAUAGUUCUUUCAUCUUGUGUAAACAAUUGCCAUAGACUGGUGUCUCUUGAGAUGUAUGCCUGCACAUUCAGAUUUGAAGACCGUAAGGAAGAAGUACCACGAAGACAUGAAGAAUUAGAUCAGGAACAACAUCAGGAUGAGCUGAAGCAUUCACGUGUUUUCCUGCUCUGUCAAGCACUGAAGGAUCCAAACUGUAAAUUAAAGAAACUAUGUCUGAGGUCUUGCAAACUCACAGCGGAUUGUUGUGGGGACCUCUCCUCUGUUCUCAGCACUAACCAGUUCCUGACAGACCUGGACCUGACUGCUAAUGAAGUGAGAGAUACGGGAGUGCAGCUCCUGUGUGAGGGACUGAAACAUCAAAACUGCAAACUGCAGAGACUGAGCUUGAAGAGCUGCAAAGUCUCAGAUGAUGGCUGUACAGAUCUUGCUGCUGCUCUCAGAACCAGCCAGAGCCUGACUGAGCUGGAUCUGAGUUAUAAUCAUUAUCUGAGAGAUCCCGGAGUGCAGUUGCUGUGUGAGGGACUGAUACAUCCAACCUGCAAAUUACAGAGUCUGAAGUUAAAUUAUUGCAAUAUCACACAUGUUAGCUGUAAGGAUCUUGCUGCUGUUCUCAAAACCAGCCAGAGACUGAUAGAGCUGGACAUGGGCAUAAAUGAACUGCAAGAAUCUGGAGUGCAGCUUCUGUGUGAGGCACUGAAACAUCCAAACUGCAGACUGCAGAGACUGGGGUUGGGGUUGUGCAGGCUCACAACUGCUUGUUGUGGGGAUCUCUCCUCUGCUCUUAGCACCAGCCAGACCCUGGCAGAGCUGAACCUCCAGGAUAACAGACUGGAAGACUCCGGAGUGCAGCUGCUGUGCGAGGCACUGAAACAUCCAAACUGCAAACUGCAGAAAAUAAAGUUGCGGGAUUGCCAUCUCACAGCUGCUUGUUGUGGGGACCUCUCUUCUGUUCUUAGCACCAGUCAGACCCUGUCUGAGCUGAACCUGAAACAUAAUAAACUGGAGGAUUCAGGAGUGCAGCUGCUGUGUGAGGGACUGAAACAUCCACACUGCAAACUGCAGAAACUAAAAUUGACGAAUUGUGAUCUCACAGCUGCUUGUUGUGGGGAUCUCUCCUCUGUUCUUAGCACCAGACAGACCCUGACAGAGUUGGACCUGAGGAACAACAAACUGGAAGAUUCAGGAAUGAGGCUGCUGUGUGAGGUACUGAAACAUCCAAACUGCAAACUGCAGAAUCUAAGACUGAGUCGUUGUGAUUUCACAGUUGCUUGUUGUGAGGAGCUCUUCUCUGCUCUUGGUUCAAACCGGGCCAUGAGAGAACUGGACAUAUGUAAGAACAAACUGGAAGAUUCAGGGGUGAAGCAGUUGUGUGAAGGACUGAAACAUCGAAACUGCAAACUGCAGAAAUUAUGCUUGUCUGUCAAUCACAUAAAUGAAAAUACAACAAAGGAGUUGAAAGUUUUGCAGAAGAAAAAACCUAAUCUGUUGAUUGUGCAUGAUGGAGAAACCAACCAUUGGACCCUAAAAACACAGACAAGCAGGCCUGUGUUUCCUCUACGUCCUCACCAUACAUUCAUUUGUAAAUUGUCUUGUAGUGCAGCAAUGAUGUGGAAUAUUUUUGAGAGUCACCGGUCUCUGCUCCUUUUGAAAGACAGGAAUGAAUCCUUCAGGCACCUGGGCAGGCUGCAGAUCUGCACAUUUCUGAAUCUCAAAACUUGUACCUAA